AACCAAAGUGUGGCAGACUUAAAGACACAGAUGGGUGUUUGGCCUGGAAAAGACGACUUUUUUGGCGCCACAAUGGCACUGAUUCGUCUGACAAACACGUACAAACUCCCCAUGGAACUUCUGGCAAAAGGAAUCAUUUACGGCACUGAGACGGUCCCACUUACGGCACACGAAUUCUCCCUGAUUGGAGAUACUGCAAGAGAAAGAGACCUCAUGUAUGAGUCGGUGCUGUGGUAUAACCAGUCAGCGGCAUUGUUAAAAAUGGAAUCAACCGUCGACAAGACAAAGACAGCGCGAGCAAUGAAAAAACUGGCUUCGUCCUGGUUUAACUACGGUAUGCCGAGCAAAGCCUUAGAAGUCGCAGAAGAAGCUUUACAGUACGAUACCGAGAACCGUGGUUUGAUUCGAGAUCUCGAGUUUUACCGGAACUCGGUAAAGCGCAUGUCUGAGAAUGACCGGAAGAAGGUGUUCCGUCGUCCCCCUCACCCUAGCUUCCCUUACUACCAAAAAUAUGAGGGGCUGUGUCGUGGGCAGAUCAAGUCCCCAAGAGAGAUGGCGAAACUAUACUGCAAUUACCAAUCUACUUCAAUCCCAAUCUAUUGGACCAAAGUUGAAUAUUCAAAUAUCGACCCGCCUGUCGUUCUGUUCCAUGACGUCAUCAGCCAGAGCGAAAUUGAUUGGAUGAUAGAAACAGCUACAGAACAGCUGUCUCGGUCAAUUCUGGGGGACGUCAAGAAUGCAGGAAGUAUGUACUCAGAAGCUAGAAUCAGCGAAAAUGCGUGGUUAGCUGAUAACUACGAGAUGAGCAUUAAGUUGGGUAAGAGGAUCUCGCUGAUAACGGGGCUUGACGCCAGCGUCAGACACUGGGACACCUAUGCUGAGCCUUUCCAGGUUUUGAAUUACGGUUUAGGAGGAAUGUAUGAACCUCAUCAUGACUUUACGAAGUUAUACCGGGACUCGGGGCUGGAAGAUAAUUUACUGUUCAAAAACUCGGGAGAUCGAGUCGCCACGUGGAUGUUUUAUCUGACAGAUGUCAAAGCCGGUGGAGCAACAGUAUUUCCGACUUUAAAGGCCAGAGUUCCUGCUAUAAAGGGUGCAGCUGCUUUCUGGUAUAAUAUAAAACGAAGCGGAGUUCUGGAUGACCGAAGUCUGCAUGCCGGAUGUCCAUUGUUACUGGGAACAAAAUGGGCUGCAAACAAGUGGUUUAGGGAACUGGGUCAAGCCUUCCGGUACGGGUGUACUCUAGACCCCAGCGAAUAGGACACUGUGCACUGAACUGAAUUAUUGUGGUUAGAUCUAUACCAUGCGGCCUGACAGUCCUGGCAGCUAUUUUAGAAAUGCCAUGUAUGACUGAAUUUAAAAUUCCUAAUGUCUAUCAGAGGUUUAGUAAUUUUUUUUAUCUGACAGUUAAGUUUGGGGACUGAGAGUAAAGUUUGGGCAAACCUGAUGUGAACAUCAUACACUGAAUGUCACUGUGAAGUUUUUCAUUUUUGACUGAUGUCAAAAUUCUCUUUGUGGAAUCUGCCAAUGAUAUAACAUGAUUAACUCAAGUGCAGGGUAAUGUUAUAGAUGUUGCCCGUCUGGAGAAUAUUUAGAUUUGCACGGCCAUUCGGGGGAUGAAGGUGGAGGGAUGGGCCAAGACUACAGUGGUCAGAAUUUUAAUCCUCUGAGGUUGAAAGAAUAAUUGUUGAAACGUCAAUACUUAUGAAUGGUUUCCACGCCUGAAAUCACGCCUCAAAAUGCUAUAUAGCACAGAAUUAGAUUUAAGCCAUCUCUUUAGCAUUAGUCAUGGGAUGCAAAGGAAGUCCAUGAAAACGCAAAGUAUGAUUGUAAGAAAAAUAUGCGCCAAAAAAUGACAUUUCUUUUCAUUUUUGAGGAAUAAUUUAUACUUCUUAAUAAGUCCUCUGUUUAAUGCAUAUUUUCCGUCAGUGAUCAGAAAUAUUCGGAAAUAACGUCAUCUGUGAGCAUAAUGGGAAAGCGAGGGCAGCUUAGCGAACCAAA